AUGAAUUAUAAUAAUUUUGGAAAUUCGAACAGUGAUGGACAUUCUAGGCUUCCCAAACCUACAUACUCCGGAACACUAUCAGAUGGUUAUGAUGAAUCGAAAACUAAAAGGCAAAAGACAGAGUCUGCUUUUAAUGGAGCUUAUUCACCCAGUCUGUAUUUGAACUCUUCACAUUACGAAAACUCGUGGAAUACCGGUUACACUCCUCAACUUCAUCCCUUCACCCCCCAUAAUCAAUAUUUCCAUCCAACACCACCAUCGACUCAGUACAAUUUUUCAAGUCCUCCCGAUUAUACAAGAAAUUGCAUACCUCCAGUAAAUAAAAAUGUACCAUAUUCGCCUGCAUUCAACUUAUCGAAGCGGCCAUCAUCGUAUUGUGAAAGCGCUCAAUCCCUAAAGGAUAAUAACGAUUACCAGAGGUCAAUUAAUUAUGAAGAUAUUGCGAUUUCAACAGCAAAGGAAAGGUACUUGGUUGUACAGGAAAAGGGACAAAAAGACAAGCUUAUGAAUGAAAUAAGUUUAGUGCCAUCAAGCGAGAACCAAACAUCCGUGAAGCCUGCGAAAAUUCCAAGAAAGGAUAUAAGGUUGGCAAAUUUCAGUACGAAAGAUGAGCACAAUGUGGGACUAGAUGAGGAAGAAGAUGAUGAGGAAUUAGAAUCAGAGGGCUUGGGAAAGGUGGUUUUGGUUCCUGGAACUUCUAUAGCAUUAAUUACUGAUGAAGAUGUUAAAAAGUGGAGAGAGGAAAGAAAAAAAAUGUGGCUGCUGAAAAUCUCCAAUAACAAAAGGAAGCAUAUGCAAGACAUGGGCAUAAAGGAAGACGAAUUGAAGAAUCAGCCCAGCAUUUUCAAAGAGUCAAGGAAAGAAAAGCAAUUUAUACAGAGUAUUCAAAAUCAGGUACAGAGAGGAAAUCCGAAGAUUGACUUGAACUUAAAAUUGAUACAGCGAGAAUUUGCGAACGAAAAUUCUCAACUCUUAGAUUUCAUAAGCGAACUGGGAGAUGCCGGCUUACUGGAAUAUGAGUUAUCUCAAGAAGAAAAAGAUGUCCUUUUUGGCACCUCUGAAGAUAAUAAUAAAAAUAAUUACAAACCAAAUUACAGAAAUAAAAAAGCCAAUCUGAAUAGAAGUAACUUUCCUAGGAAUAAGUAA